UACUUCUUAAAUGUGUUUGAGCCAAUCAGGUCUGUUGUGACAAGGUAGGGGUGGUAUACAGAAGAUAGCCCGAUUUGAUAAAACACGAAGUCCCAUAUUAUGGUUUGAGAAAGACCCCUGUUGAUGAACAGCAGGAUGAAGACGAGGCCAGCGGUGCUGAUAUGGAAGAUGAUCCCAUGGACCACGAUGAUCUCACAGGUCAUGAUGAUUACACUCCACCACUGUUACCGAUGUCAUCGCAAGGACCAUCACAGCCUGUUAAACCAAAGACCACAUCCUCUCUGGUUAAGCUUACGGAAGAUGAGGUGCACCAUUCGAUUGUUCCUGUCAAUUCUCUACUAUCACUCACAAGAUGCACAACCUGCUGCAAAUUGUUCCACUGUCCACUUUGUCUCAGCUUUAAACCAACCAAACGCUCAGGAUUACAGCGCCAUGUUGAUGUGCACCUGAAAAAUGCAGUGUCCUUCAAAGAUAAAAAGAUUUGUAAAUGCAAUUUGGACUGUAGGACAGAUGGCCAUUAUCACUGCCCCCAGUGUGAGAGAACUAUCAUCAGGAGGGAUGCCAUGACAAGUCAUCUGCUGUUGUGUCAAGGGGCUUCAGCUCCUGUUUCAUCAGCUGCACUGCCCUCUACGCAUGCUGUACUGCCCACGCCUGCUGUAAACCAGCGUAUUAAAAUCACCACCCAUAUCCAACUGCCUCAUAGUCCAGCCUAUAGGACUCUGACGACUAUGUGUGAUCACUGUGGCUUUGUGCUCCUGAGAAAGAACUUGAAGCAGCACCUGCUGAGGAAACACCCGGAGAUAGCCACUCCAUUGGAGGGAGCACAAUCAGAUCCUGUGUCUGUGGCACAACAACACGGCACCAUGAAACAUGCUGAAGGGACCAGGCGGAGACGGAGACUGACCGCCACCUGCACCAUAUGUGGGCGUCCGGUGACCAUGAAGAACAUGCGAGCACACAUGAACAGAAAACACCCUGAUUCCUGGUAGAUGCCUGCUUUGCAAACAGAGGCAUUCUAGCCUGAUCCCAGAUCUGUUUGUGCUUUUGCCUUUUGUCAUUGAGAAGCAAAACAAUUUGGCCAAGAAAAAGAGUAUAAGGAGUAGAAUGUUAGCAAAACAGGUUCUGGAUUUCAGGAUAUAGGCUUCAUGCAUCAACUACUUAAUUGAUGGCUGAAUUCUAUUAUAUAUUGUUUUAUAACAAAUCUUGUACAUUCAUGUUGUAUAUAUUUUUUACCAUACAAAUGGAGAAAAUUGCAUUUGUUAAUCUGACCCUUCAGUUUAUUGGGUUACGGUUAUGACCUGGCUGCCAGUUCCAUUUCCAAGGCCUGAGUGCUGGUCUUGCAAACAAGCACAACAAACAAUUGGGGAGGAAAACUAUAAACAUUUUGUUAUUUUGAACAUUUCUUGCAGUCUCCAUAACUUGUUAAAGUUGACUAUUGUACAAAGUAUGUUGAAAAGCUGGGGAAUCAUGCUCCACUCACUCACACCAAACAAUGGUGGUUCAAAUCUAGGCUGUUAUAAUCAAGUUAUUUAGCUUAGAAUGUUAUAGCUGUAGAAAGGUACAUAGCAGCUCAUAAGAUCAAGAGGAUGAGAAUGUUUGAAAGUUUGUUCAGGCAGUUUGUCUUAUUUUUGUUUAGUGGGAGAGAGAAAAAACGCCACUUAUGCUGUUGGGAAAUUUUGUAUUAAUAUUUUGAGUAUCAAAUAAAUUCAACAAAAUAUGUAA